UGUGUCCUUCAUGAGUAAAACACCUUCAGAAACGGAUUGCCUCUCUAUGCUGGACAAUGCAGAAAGCUUGACACUCUGUACUUUUGAUCUGAAACAAUUAGAGGAAGUGAUGUAGUUAAUGAAGUCUUAGUCAAAGGAACUGCCUCCCAAUGGGAUGAUUUCAGUAGUAAACAAGUGGAGAAAACCUGGAAUUCUCUUGGGUUUUUAUGUUAUAAAUGAGUGCUAACGAUUGGAGCUCUCCUGAUUGCAGGGUUUUCAAAAAAAGCAGUCCAAGUGGAAAGAUAACUACAUACCUAGGAAAACGAGACUUUAUUGAUCACCUAACUCAUAUAGAUCCCAUAGAUGGAAUAGUUCUGAUUGAUAAAGAUUCCCUCAGAGGAAGGAAAGUAUUCGCCCAUGUGUUGGCUGCGUUUCGUUAUGGACGUGAAGACCUGGAUGUGCUCGGUCUGACUUUUAGAAAGGACCUUUACUUGGCCAAUUAUCAAGUGUAUCCCCCAGUGGAGGACCAGGCUAAACCCCUCACAAACCUACAGGAGCGCCUCAUCAGAAAGCUAGGACCAAAUGCCUACCCCUUCUACUUUGAGCUUCCUCCAAAUACCCCUGCUUCCGUCACACUACAGCCGGCUCCGGGGGACACGGGAAAGCCAUGUGGGGUGGACUAUGAGCUAAAGACAUUUGUUGCUGAGAAUGCAGAUGAGAAACCACAUAGAAGAAAUUCAGUUCGUCUGGCAAUCAGGAAGCUGACAUAUGCCCCCGAGGCGCCCGCACCCCAGCCUAGUGCUGAGGCUAAAAAAGACUUCAUGAUGAGCCCGGGCCACAUCAAGCUAGAGGCCUCACUAGAUAAGGAAAAAUACUACCAUGGAGAGAGUAUAGCAGUCAAUGUAUUGGUGGAUAAUAAUACCACUAAGUCUGUCAGAAAAAUCAAGAUAUCAGUUCGCCAGUUUGCUGAUAUUUGUUUGUUUUCAACUGCACAGUAUAAAUGUAGCGUUGCAGAAAUUGAUAGCGAGGAGGGUUUUCCUAUUCAACCUAGUCAGAUUGGGUUUUGCAAAGUUUUUUACCUGACACCAUUGUUGUCCAAUAAUCGAGACAAACGUGGCUUAGCAUUAGAUGGCAAACUCCGACAUGAAGAUACAAAUCUGGCCAGUUCUACAAUUAUGACAGAAUCUAGUCAAAAGGAGAACCUGGGAAUUGUCGUGUCUUACAGAGUGAAAGUGAGGCUCAUCCUGGGAUUUGGAUCGGGAGACCUGUGUGUGGAGCUACCUUUUACCCUGACUCAUCCUAAACCUCCGGAAUCUCCUCCCCCCUCCCGUCCUAUCAGCGUGGUCUCCAAGGAAGGCGAGAAUGCACCAGUGGACACAGACCUCAUACAAUUAGACACCAAUGGAGUGGAGCCAGUCAAAGAUGAUGACUUUAUAUUUGAAGACUUUGCAAGACUAAGAUUAAAAGGUCAUGAUCCAGAUGACACAGAAGCUUAAGUUGACCUUUGGAGUAACCUUUUGCAAAUCAACUCUAUGUGGCAAUUUACAUGAAAAAAAAAAGAUUUGUGUCAAACCUUUCAGGAUGAAAAAGAGAAUGAAUAGGACCACUUGUUAGAAUUCUCAGAAUUCAUAAGUGUUAGAGAUACCCCAAGAGCAGACUGGGUGUUUUUCUUAGAUGUUGUCAUAGUAACAAAUGUGAAGUUUCUAUAUUUUUAUUGUAUUGAAUCUUGAUCUGAGUAUCAUUGAAGCCUCUCCCCAUGUCUUCGUACUUUAUAUUUCUGAUAAAAAGUUUUUACUCCAGGGAGCAAACGAUCUGUGCAUGCAAGACAAGAAAACUUCACACCGUUCUCCAAGUGUAAUUGGUACCUAUGUAAGCCCCUUCCUAUCUGGUGCUUUACGAGUUCAGUAUGUUUGAGUCUGUCAGGGUGCUUGUCUGUGUGUGUGUGCGUGUGUGUAUGGUUUGGUAUAUUUAGAUAAGUUAUGUAUCUGUUUGGCUUGAGAAUUAUAGUAUUAUAUAUUUAUUAAAAAGUUCUAGUGCUUGUAUAUUUAUCUGUAGAAAUCAGCAUAAUGUAGCCAUUUUUAAGGAUGUUUGAAUUGUGUAAAAUGCUUGAAGGUUUUUCCUUCUCAGAAUAUAUAACAUUAUAAAGCAAAUGAUUUGCAAUAUUUAUCAAAAUUUCUUCAUAUUAACAAUAGAAAGCAAACCUACCAUACUGAUUUUUUCAUUAUUUUUUUUUAUCAGUUCAUGAUUCAAAUUUUUUUACCAUGCUUAGAAUUUUUCCAUGUGAUUUUACCUAAUUUUAUUUAAUAGAAAAGAUAUGUCUUACAAAACGUUGUCAUUCAUCAAUUGAACCUCAUUUGAUUUUAUUUAGCUAAUGGAAAUAUUUUUGUCUGAAUUUUACACUGCAUAUUUAAAUACGGUCAGCUUAAUUCUAUGGCAAAAAAACUGUGUUAUGUCACGAAGCUUUAUCAGUUCAAGACUGGUGAUUUUUAACAAUACUCGAUCGUCAAUACGGGAUUAGUUUAGAACUGUUAAUAAGAUUGCAGGUUUUUUUUUAAAGAUAUAGAUAAAGAGCUUAUUGGUAACCUCUUCAGUAUGGCGUACCAUCUGUACCUCAUUGUGGUAUGUCAUUGUGAAGUCUCCUGGGUUUGACUUUUAACUAUGUAAUGCUUUAUCUGACAAAAUGCAACUUCAGCAGAACUACUAGAUAUACACACGAGUUUUGACCACUUGUUAAACGAAGCAAAGACACGCGCAUUCGCCAGCAUUAGUUGCAGUGUGGGGAAGGGGAGAGAACCCUUGACUGUCCUACUUUCUGUUCGGCCUGUCAGCGCUUAUGUCCAACAAGAUAUAUUUAUAUGCUUUGUUGUUGUUCGGUAGUCCUGAAAUUUAAUCAUUUGUAUUGUUAAAGUAAAUAUAUGAAAUUCA